UCUCCGCUUCCUCUUUGUCUGUUUGUGUGGAGUGACCGGCGCCAUUUUCAACUCCUGCAGCUUCACCCACUCAAGUGCGCAGCAACCCCGCCACCGCCACCAUGUCUGAAGAAGGAAAGUUGUUCGUCGGCGGCCUCAACUUCGAGACAGACGAGCAGUCCCUGGAAGAGGUUUUCUCCAAGUACGGGCAGAUCUCUGAGGUGAGAGUGAUUAAGGACAGAGACACCAUGACGUCCCGCGGUUUCGGCUUCAUCACUUUCGAGAACCCGGAGGACGCCAGGGACGCGCUGCAGGCGAUGAACGGAAAAUCCAUCGACGGGCGGCAGAUCCGAGUGGGUCACGCCGAGAAAAAGUCGGGAGGUGGCCGCGGGUAUGGUGGAGGCCGAGGCGGUGGCGGCUACGGUAGCCGCAGGAGAGGAGGCGGCGGCUACUGGGAUAGUGACAGGAGCAGCGGCUAUAGCGGUGGAGGCCGGUACGAUACGGGAGACCGGGACAACUAUUCGGGUGGGUACAAGAGCCAAGGUGGUGGUUAUGGAGGCCGCUCAUACAGGGACUAUGACUGAUCAAAUCUAGAGAAGCAUUUCUGCCAGAUUCAGGAUCAACCUCCCACCUUGUUAAUUCAAUGGCUCUUGGAACCGCAGAAAGCAGUAUCUGAUGAAUUUGAUUUGCCUGUUAUGUUAAAAUGCUAGAAACCCAUUUUCACCAUUGUCAUGAUUUAAUCUUGUUACCUGUUGUUUAGCCUGGAGUACUGCCUUUUGUCGGGGCUUUCGACUCUGAACCUCCAAAUACCAUGUCGUUUUCUAUAUUAUUUUAAAAUAAGACCGAUGUUCAUUUCGACAUUAUAUUGGCGACUUAAAUCGCCACUGAGUUUCCUUUCGUCAGCUCCUUUUGGAAUUUGUCGAAAUCGUUUUGCUUUCUGGUGAGAUUUUUCCACAAUUCCAUGCGGUGCAAAGAAUGAAAGAGCGCGGAAAAGCACUUCACUCCCACUGUCUGGCCCGUCCUUCGGCACCAUCUUAUCUUUGGGAACCCGGACUGCCAUUCUUAAGAUGACUGGUCUCCGAGAAUCACUCGAGUUAUUUUUCUUUUAAUCGACUGAUUUUCAUUGAAUCCGUUGUAUCCACUUGUUGAUUCAACCAACUCCUUAUGAGGAUUGAACAUUUCUAAAAAAAAAAACAAUUAUGCCUUGUGGCUUUGUAUGAAUUUAAACAACUUCACUUGGAAAAUUGGCAUGGGACUUCUAGGAACUUUUUUUUGUGGGGGAGACCUUAAUUUGAAUGUUGCCAGCAAUGUGCCCGAUUCCUUUUGAGUCAUUUUCCUUGCCACUGAAAAGUAAUGAAAGAUUCCCCCUUCGCAGCAACGUAUUCAUGUAACUUAUUUCAAGACUCUUUGAAAGAAAACUGGUCUUUUGUUUUAAACUCAUUUAUUGAAAACUGUAUACUGAUUUUAAAAAAUCAAUUGUCUUUUGUUGUACUUUCAUCAACUGGCAUAAUCCUUUGAACAGAACAUUGCCACUUGGGAGACAAAUCUUUGCCAGUGGAUUUAUCUGAAUAAAAUGCAGCUUCAGGAA